CGUCAGACGGCCACAUCACCAAUAGGAAGUAAAAGCCAUUCACUGUUGAAUUGACAUCAGUGGGUAGUAGUUUGACAACUGAACAAAUGGCCGAGUUUGGCGAGGUGUCCCAGAAAUCCACGCAACAUCCAAAGCCAAAGGGCCUGACGCUACAGUAUGGUACAGCAGGGUUCCGAACCACCGCAAAGCAUCUGGACCACGUCAUGUUCCGUAUGGGCUUGCUGGCAGCUCUGAGGUCCAAAAAGACCAAGUCCACUAUCGGAGUCAUGGUCACCGCCUCACACAAUCCUGUGGAGGAUAAUGGAGUGAAGCUGAUUGACCCAAUGGGAGAAAUGGUGACCCCAGCCUGGGAAGGUUAUGCCACACAGCUAGCCAAUGCAGAGCAAGAAGCUCUGUGUACUGUACUGAAAAACAUCAUGGAGACAGACGCCAUCAGCAUGAGUGAGACAGCUAACGUCUUUGUCGGCAGAGAUACCAGGCCAAGUAGUGAGAGCCUAACAAAGGCUGUGAUUGAUGGCGUUUCCUGUUUGGGAGGGCACAGUCAAGACUAUGGCCUGGUGACCACACCUCAGCUGCAUUAUAUGGUCCGUUGUCGCAACACCCAUGAUUGCUAUGGCACCGCCACAUUACAGGGCUACUAUGAGAAACUCUCCAAGGCUUUCAUUGAACUCACCAAGAAUGCUCUUAAUCGCACCGAUGACCAGAAGAGGCUGUUAGUAGAUGGUGCCAAUGGGAUCGGAGCACUCAAACUGAGAGAAAUGGAGGCAUUUCUCAAGUAUGAACUGCAGGUGGCACUCUUCAAUGAUGGCAGCAGUGGCAAACUCAACCACCUGUGUGGAGCUGACUAUGUGAAAGUACACCAGAGAGCUCCUGAAGGUAUGCAUAUGGGUCCAGGUGAGCGUUGCUGCUCAUUUGACGGUGAUGCCGAUCGUAUCAUUUAUUAUUACAACGACACCGCUGGCCGCUUCCGUCUGCUGGAUGGGGAUAAGAUCGCUACCCUCAUUAGCAUGUCCCUCAAAGAGCUUUUGACACAGGCAGGGUUGAACAUUCAGGUCGCUGUUGUACAAACAGCAUAUGCUAAUGGGAGUGCCACAAGAUACCUGAAAGAUGUCAUGAAGGUCACAGUGUGCUGUACGAAGACAGGUGUGAAGCAUCUCCACCAUGCUGCUCAGGAUUUUGACAUCGGAGUUUACUUUGAAGCCAACGGCCAUGGAACGGUUCUGUUCAGCAAAGAAGCAGAAAAGCAGAUCCGACAGCUGGUUAAACACAGCAACGCCAACGACGAGAAGAAACGUGCCGCCAAGCUUCUGGCCAGUACCAUCGAUCUCAUCAACCAGGCUACAGGUGAUGCUAUUUCAGAUAUGUUGGUGAUUGAAGCCCUGUUGGCUAUCAGAGGAAUGAGCAUACAGGGAUGGGACACCCUUUACACAGACCUGCCCAACAGACAGCUCCGAGUCAAGGUAGCAGACAGGCAAGUGAUAGACACAACAGAUGCGGAGCGUCAUGUGGUGAUGCCAGCAGGUCUCCAGGAUGCUAUAGACACCCUUGUCAAGAAGUACAAACAAGCACGUGCCUUUGUCAGACCCUCAGGUACUGAGGACAUAGUCAGAGUAUAUGCCGAGGCUGACACACAGGAGGGUGCAGAUGGUUUGGCAUAUGAAGUAAGUCUGGCUGUGUACCACCUGGCUGGGGGAACUGGGGAGGAGCCGAAGCCUUUAAAGUGACCACACAUUCAGACUACACACAUCUGCCCUCAAGAGGCCAACAUUUGGUUUUGGGUUGUUUUUUGGCUGGGGGGGAAGGGCGGGUUGUUUUAUUGUUUUGGAUACUGUCCUGUGAACAUCAAUGUAGAUUUCAUAUCAAUGGCACAACUAUGGUAAAACAAUACCACAUAUUUCAGUUUUUAUACCAUGAGUAGUAUGAGCUAUGUUCAUAAUCAUGAGCCUUAAUAAAUAGAUAUUAUAUAUUUGGUUGCCCUUCUCUUGGGCUUCUCAUGAUGCACUAAACUAAUGUAGAUUGAUUCUAACAGUAAACAUUGCUCAGUAAUUAUUUGUAAUUGUAUUUUGAGCAUUCCUAAACUGCAUACUUUUAUGUGAAACAGUUUGUUUUUGUAACGAUAAAAAUAGGAAUAAAAACUGAUGCUAUCCUAA